CCUACGGCAUUUUUUUUUCUUCGAGGCUAGACUAUGCUCCGUCCGCUUUGUGUGUAGACUAAUAAUUAUCCCGCGUGCACGCCAAUCAAGCCAUACCUACAUGGCCAGUCCAUACAGCAGUACAUAUGCACAUGGCCGUCCCUACUUUUACCUAGGUACACGUACAUGCACCAGUACCACUGUUGAUGUUCACUUCACUCCACACCACACCACCACACACCACCUCCCAACUGCAUACCACGCACACGCCCACUGCCGCAUCCCCUCACGCCCUCUAUCCCCUUUCUACAGUUCCUGCAUCUCCCCCUCCUUCUCCCUCGCCUUCGGCCAAACACGGUGCGCACAUCGUAGCUACCUCUGUGUCUGUGUGUGUGUGUGUGUGUGUGCAGCGCAGCGUGCAGAACAGAACAAGUGA